UAUAUCAAUUUCAGUUUAUGUUGAAUCCUACAAAUCCAAUGAUGGCAAAAGGAACUAUUCUAAAAAGAGUUAUUGCUACUAUUGCAAGAACUUGUACAAGUCUAAGAUGUCAAAACACCUAUUUGCUGUCCAUGCAGCAGAACCAAGGGUGAGGAAAAUAAGUCAAAUGGAGCUGAAAAGCAAAAGUAAAAGAGCAGAGCUACAGAAAUUAAAGAAUGAGGGUAACUUCAAUCAUAAUGUUGAGGUUCUUCAGAAAGGAGAGGGGAAUUUGAUUGUGUACAGGAGACCAGGCGUCCCAGCAAAUGCAUAUGACUAUAUUCACUGUCGUUUUUGUAAAGGUUUUUACCAUCACAAACUUCUAUGGUCACAUGUCAAAACCUGCAGUUUCAAACCAGAUGGGGCUGAAAAUGACACUGAGAGAAACUUCAUUAGAGAAGCUAGAUGUGAAAUAGCCCCAUUUCUUCAACAACAGGAUGAAGAUAUUGAAAUGUUAGAUGAAGUUAUUGAUAAAAUGAAAGAAACCAAAGAAAAUCCUGGUCUGAAGAAAGUUUGUCAGGAAGAUGAGUUAAUAAGACAGUUUGGGUUGUAUCAUCUGGGAAGAUUGGGACCACUGGAAGAGCAAAGACUGAAAGACCAAGACAAUGUGAGAACAAAAAUGAGAAGCUUAGCCAGACUGCUUGUAAGAUUAAAUGGAGAGGAACUGUUCAGCUAUCCUUUAAGCCAUUUCAUCUGUGCUCAAAAAUUUGAUUUAGUGGCAAAAACUGUGAAAGAAAUGUAUCAAGAAAUUGGUUCAUCACAGCUGGGCUUAAACUUAGGACAUUAUAUAAAACAGGUAAGCCUGCUGAAAUCAAGCAUGUGCCUUCGCAGACAGGACUGUAGGCGGAAAAAAGAGGCAAACGAGUUCACAGAAAUGUUCGAUGCCGAGUGGAAGGGAAAGGUUUCAUCAGUCGCCAACAGAAGCAAGCGUCUAAAAGCAAUGAACAAAAGAUGUGAACUUCCUUCUACUGAAGAUUUAGUGUCCCUCAAAAAAUUUCUUGUGGAAGAAAUACAAAUAAAAAUGGAAAACCCAGCACCAACAUAUCCCGAGUAUGUGUACAUAACACACUUACUGAUCGCCCGCAUAGCACUCUUCAACAAAAGAAGAGUAAAUGAGGUCUCUGAGCUGAAAGUGAGUGACUUCCAGAAGCGAAUAAGAGGAGAUGAAUUAGACACAAACACCGAAAUCUACAAUUCCCUGGCUGUCAGUGAAAAGGCUCUGUUAAAGAGAAUGGAACUUCUUGAGGUAAGAGGGAAGAGCACUCGGGGACUGAGGAAGGUGUUUGUAAUUCUAAGCACCGACAUGGUGGAAGGUUUGUCGCACCUCUUGAUGGUUCGUGCGCAGGCUGGUGUACCAUCAACAAACACGUUCCUAUUCUCCAGAUGUACAGAUUCACCACAGGAUGGCUGUGAAGCACUGAGAGUGGUCACAUCUAAGUGUCACAAUCUUGCCUUUCCAGAACGGGUCAGGACAACAAAACUGAGAAAGUAUUUGGCAACUACUACUCAGAUAAUGGAUAUGAGAGAUGAUGAGCUGAAGUUAAUUGCUGAUCACAUGGGACACUCUGUUGCCAUACAUACUGAAGUGUACAGAAUGCAGACGUCAGUGCUUGAACGAACAAAAGUUGCAAGGGCUCUUCUAGCUUUAGAAGAUGGUAAACUACAGGGGUUUAAUGGUCGCGACCUUUCGUCGGUCAGCCUUGAUGAAUUGCCUGAACCUGAACCUGAACCUUACAAAGCAGGGUCAUUUGAAGAAUUGUCUGAACCAGACAACAGCUAUGAGGAUGUUCCUGAAGUUGAAACAGAAGCUGUACAGAAGCCUCAUGCAUGUACAGGAUCAAAAAAACGAUGGUCGAAAGAGGAGGAGAGUGCUCUACGGGAAGCCUUUGACAUUCAGAUAAAAAUGCAGAAAAACGUUUCAACAAUGGAGAUCAGGAAAGCACAGAAGUGUUAUCCUGUGUUGCAAGACAGAUCAGAAGCUGUUAUUCGGACAAAAAUAAACAACAUCAAAUUAGGAAAAUACAAAAAAAUAUGAACUGAAUUCAACCACUGCUAGAUAAGGGUAAUUUAAAAAAAAAUAAAGCCAUUGGUUUACAGUUGUAUGAUCAUGAACAUUUCUUGUGUCAGAAUGCCGAAAUUGAUGAGUGAAUUGGACUUUGCAAAGACAUGUGUUUUUGAAAUUAUAAAUGACUUUCACUGUUUAGUUUUCGCAGUGACCUUUGGAGGAAAUUGCUUUUCCAAUCAAUAACUGGAGAACCGUUGGGCCAAGCUUUGUGAAACUUAAUAGGAAGGUUUGUUUUUUUGUUGACCUCUAUUGUUUUUAGGUGACUAGGUCAAAGGUCAAAGUGACCUUGUAUGUUCAAACACUGUGAAAGAGUUGGGCCUAAGUUAAAGAAACAUAGUGUAGUUGGCUGUGACCAGUAGAUGGCACCUAUGAAUUUUCAGGUCACAGAA